AUAAUUUCUGCAAAAUUCACCACGUUUCUCUUACUUCUGAUAAAUAUGCCAUUUUUCCUCCUUUGAAACUCCAAACAAGAAGAAACACUAAAGCAGGGGAAAAGGAGACAGACCUUUAAAACGUCACCGUUUUAGUUCUCCACUUCCUCCUGCUUUGUUCAUUUCAAUGGCUGAACAAAAUUCAACGAAUAAGAAAACAAUUCCACCAUAUAUGAAAGCACUUUCCGGUUCAUUGGGUGGGAUUGUGGAAGCCAGUUGUUUACAGCCCAUUGACGUUAUCAAAACUCGGCUUCAAUUAGACCGGUCCGGUUCUUAUAAAGGAAUUGUUCAUUGCGGUUCGACAACUAUUCAGAAUGAAGGCGUACGGGCUCUGUGGAAAGGUUUGACGCCGUUUGCUACUCAUUUGACUCUCAAAUAUGCGCUGCGUAUGGGUUCCAAUGCGGUUUUGCAGGGAGCGUUUAAGGAUUCGGAAACGGGUAAGCUUAGUCCACAGGGUCGGGUCAUGGCUGGUUUCGGUGCGGGUGUUCUUGAAGCUCUUGUUAUUGUCACGCCAUUUGAGGUGGUGAAGAUUAGACUACAGCAGCAGAGAGGAUUAAGCACUGAACUUUUGAAAUACAAGGGACCUAUACACUGUGCUCGUAUGAUAGUUCGUGAAGAAGGCAUUCUUGGUCUCUGGGCAGGUGCUGCCCCAACUGUUAUGCGCAAUGGGACGAAUCAGGCCGCCAUGUUUACAGCCAAGAAUGCAUUCGACACUAUGUUAUGGAAGAAAAAUGAAGGUGACGGAAAAGUUCUUCACCCCUGGCAAUCUAUGAUAUCAGGAUUUCUGGCAGGUACAGCUGGUCCCAUAUGUACCGGUCCAUUUGAUGUUGUGAAAACAAGGCUGAUGGCUCAGAGUAAAUCUGGGGGUGAGUUGAAGUACAGAGGUAUGUUUCAUGCCAUCUCAACAAUACAUGCAGAAGAAGGAUUACGUGCCUUGUGGAAGGGGUUAAUUCCCCGGCUCAUGAGGAUCCCACCUGGUCAGGCGAUUAUGUGGGCUGUGGCUGACCAAAUAACUGGCUUUUACGAGAGAACAUAUUUGAAAAAUGCACCUUUAUAGGUAAUACUGCAGUUUUGUCCUCGCCUUUUCUUCGUUCUGGUUCUUAGUUCAUUUUUUGGCAGAAGCUCGGCAAAUUUUCCUUUAUAGUUCCUUUGUCUAUUGAUUUAACGCGUAAAAAUGAUGGUUCUACACCUUAUCCACAUUUUACUGAGAUGCCUCAACCUUAACAAUGUUUGUUUGGAUUAUCUCGAGCUUUACAGGCUGGGGAACGAGUUUUGCAGUGAAAUUAACAGUUUAUGAAAUCCCAACUGGUCAGAUUGAA